AUCGCAAUGCUGAAUGAAAUGGCCUACACUUACAAGUUUGCUUCAUUUGAUGUAUUCACCUCUGUUCAUAUCUUUUUCUUACACGCCAAGAAAAACAAGUUGCAAUUUUGGAGCUUUGAGAUGCCUUCUCCUGGUCUUUACGGGUUGACUGUGCGUCUUGUGAGCUACCAAUAG